GGUCGUCCCUCGGUUCGUUUGUAUGACCUGCGACGAGCGCUCGCGUGUUUCACAGUUUGACGUGAACUUGGUUACUGUUUUACCUUUACAACCACUGUUAAAUAUAAAAAUGUUCACCCAAAGUGUGUUAGUUAAAUAGAAAAUAUCAUAGUGGUCGGUGCAAGUCAAGCACGGCAGUCACGUUACUUGGUAGUAAAACACAUUUCUCGUAAAAUCCACGUGCGUUGUGUUUACCGGUGUUUUGCUGAUUGAUUUUUUACGUUAUGGGUGAAGAAAUACCAAACGGGGACACGAAAGUAGUAUUAAAGCGAAAAAUUACCCUAUUCAAUGGUGUCGGCAUUAUAAUUGGGACAAUUAUCGGCUCUGGAAUUUUUAUAUCGCCGACUGGAGUGUUCAUAUACACAGAAUCGGUAGCAGCAUCAUUGAUAAUAUGGCUAGCCUGUGGUCUACUAUCGACGUUAGGAGCUCUGUGUUACGCCGAACUUGGGACUUCAAUCACGAGGUCUGGUGGUGACUAUGCUUACAUUUACACAGCAUUCGGUCCUCUGCCGGCGUUCCUGAGGAUCUGGAUAGCACUACUUAUCAUCAGACCAACGACACAGGCGAUAGUGGCACUGACCUUCGGACAUUAUGUGGUGAAGCCCUUUUUCCCAGAAUGCGAUCCGCCACAAGAUGCCGUUAAGCUGCUUGCUGCUGUUUGUUUGUGUGUCCUGACUGCGAUCAACUGCAUCAGCGUGAGGUGGACUAUGCGCAUCCAGGAUGUGUUCACCUCUUCUAAGCUGUUAGCUUUAGUCAUCAUCAUCAUUGCCGGCUUGUACUAUAUUUUCAUCGGUCACACAGAAAACUUCCAAAAGCCAUUCGAAGGUAAAUACGAUGCAGGAAGUAUUGCGCUGGCAUUUUACUCCGGUCUCUUCGCAUUCGGCGGUUGGAAUUACCUUAAUUUUGUUACUGAAGAACUGCAGGAUCCUUACAAAAAUCUGCCGCGUGCGAUUUGGAUUGCAAUGCCGAUGGUGACUAUCAUCUAUGUUAUGGCGAAUCUCGCGUACUUCGCAGUCGUAUCUAAGAUGGAGAUGAUGUCUAAUCCCGCAGUUGCCGCUGUGUUCGGCGACCGUUUAUUCGGGAGCUGGAGCUGGGUGAUCCCAGUGUUUGUGGCUCUGUCCACCUUUGGAGGGGUGAACGGUGUGCUCUUUACCUCCGCCAGACUGUUCGCGACAGGCGCACAGGAAGGACACAUGCCUGCUUUCUUCUCCUUGUUUCAUAUAGAAAGACAGACGCCGAUACCCUCCUUGUUCUUCACAUGUGUAAUCUCUCUUCUGAUGCUGACAACAAGCAACGUGUUCGAUUUAAUAAAUUACUUCUCUCAAACUCUAUGGUUGUCUGUCGGAGUGUCUGUUGUUGGAAUGCUUUGGUUAAGACGAGCGAAGCCGAAUAUACCACGACCGAUUAAAGUCAACAUCAUCAUACCCUAUGUUUUUCUUAUAGCUAUUGGAUGUCUCGUUAUAAUUCCUGCUAUAACUAAUCCUAGGGAUACAGGAAUAGGCAUAGCUAUAAUGUUAUCUGGUAUUCCUGUAUAUUAUUUGUGCGUAAAAUGGAAAAACAAACCGGAGAGUUACCAUAUUUUCUCCGGAUGUAUACUGAGAUUUAUGCAGAGGCUGUGCUCGUGCGUCUACGUGGAAGCUGCAGAAAAGAUGACCAGCUAAAUACAUUGAGUAUAAUAUGGACCAAUAAUUACUACGGACUAGAUAAAGUAUUUAUUUUUUAAAAAU